GCGCGCGGGCGGGGGGGCGGAGCCUAGUUCGUCGGGCCCGUCCUGUUUGGGGCCCUAAAGAUCCCCUUCUCCGACAUCUCCACCCCGUGCCUCCCCAGCCGGCGGGUGGGACAGUGGGGCCGCCUCCGCCCUCCUCCUCCUCAUAAUGUCGCCAAGCAAGGGCUUCCUCUGCGUUCUGGAGCUGCAGAUCCGCUCGAUAACAUGUCCGGGAGUUACCCUGAAAGCCAAAGAUGACCUUUACAUCAGUGCCCGCAUUCUAGGACAAUAUAAGAAGACAUCGUCUGUUCGUGCAAUAUUUCCCCUUCUAUUUAAUGAAAAACUGAUAUUUGAAAAGGUAUAUACUGAUGUAGUUGACCCAGGAGACCUUGUUGAACUAUUUGAACGUGACACAGCAGUACUUGAAUUAAUACAAACUGUUCCUCCAGUGGGAGAAAUUCUAGCCACUUAUGAGGCAAAUACAAGAGAUUUCCUUUUUCCUGCUCCUAAAUCAAUCACAGGACAACGAGGGUCAGUUCGUGAAAUUUUAAUGAAGAAGGCCUUUGGUUUUACAGGAAUUGCACCAAAAUUGAAGUUUUUCACAAGUUGUCUUAUUUCUGAAAACCUGUUACGUUCAGAAAAAGCUCAAAAGCAGGAUCACUUAAACCAGCAGCAAUGUUCAUCCAAAGAUGGAACGCCACAUAUAAGGUCACCAAAAAAGAAUCCUCCCUCACUUGAGAGGAACAGGCAGUGCUUAGCAGCAAAAACGUAUGAUCAGCCCACAGUAGCCUCUCUAUCUCGAUCUCCAUCUCCUUACACAAAAAGGCGAAUGUGUGAGCUUCAGCAACUUAGACAACGCCUGGCCCAUCUAGACCUAGGACCUUUUGAUUUCAGAAAAGAAUCGGAUAGACCUCCAUUUGUAGUUCGACGUCCAGAACAGCCGUCUGCUUGGUGCCGUUCUAAGGACAAUAUAAAAGAUGCUUGGCCUGAGACAACCUACGAUCCUACACUUCUUGGCAGUUACAGACCCAAGAAUCGAAAAGCUACCAGGUCACAUUCUGAUAAAGACCUUAAUAGUUUUUCUCACAGCUACGAUGAGCACUUGAUUUCGAGUAUAGCUGGUAGGCAGCUCCAUUCAACUCAUCUGCUAAUGCAUUCAGCACCUCCACAAUUGCAGAAGUAUUACUCAACUCCUAUGUUAAAUCACUUGUCUCUUAGAGAAAGGUUUCAUUCUGGCUGGAGUGCAACAGUAAAUGGAGAAGAGAUCCAUAAACGAGUGAGAAAUAUUUUAAGGACUCACAGUGCAAGGCAAAGGCUAACUUUUGAUGAGAGUUGUUUGUCAAAAGAUGAUUCUGUUAAGACAAGAGACUCGAGUAAGACAGAAGAUUCCAAUAAGAAGAGAGACAUUUCAGACAGAGUGCGUUUAAGCCACAGUGAUUUUCAGAGCAGUUCAUCCAUACGGCAGAGCAUCAUGGUUCAACUGGAUGAUGAUGACUAUUGGACUAGUCAAUCUGCAGAAUAUAAAAGCAAACCCCACAGAGCAAUAUUUGAAGACAGUCUGCAGAAAAUCUACCGAAAUAUGUACCGAAAAGCUUCUGGAUCAAAAUCAAAGAAUAAAUAAAUUCCUGAUAGUGAUGCAGGUGAAAAUGAACAGUAUAAAAGAUCAAUCUUUUUAAUGAAAAUGUUGUGUGUCUAACAAAUGUUUGUUUGUUUUUCUCCCUCUCUGUUUUUAUAUGAGUUUGUGAAAUUCUGAGGCUGGGACUCGCAACAGGAAAAUAAAUAAAAUCUGGAGGGUUUUAAGUAGGAUACAUUGUUUGUUUUUGGGAUUUAUAGGCAUAUUAGUAGUUUUGGCUCCCUGUUUCUAAAGCAUCUGACUUCCAAUUGAAUUAGGAUACAUCACACACAUCUCCACUACAUCAUUGUCCAUGUAGGUAUGUGUCUUGCCUAGAGCACUAAUAGAGGCACAUGUGGGAACAGUUGAUCUCUGGUUGCAAUGUGUUUCCAGUACUGUGCUACUGAAAAGUAUCUGUUGGGCUCUUUUUCAGGGGUGUUAUAUCAUUCAGCAUGUCACCGAAAAUCUGUGGAUCUUGCAAGGGUCUCUGGGCAAGUGGUGGGGAAACCAUGGACUUUGGUGUACUGGAUGAUUGUGUAAGUUCACUGUUGUGAAUAGUGAGGAAGUUGCUAUCGGGAGCAGAGAUUGUAUUCAUUAUCAAUACAAACAGCCAAUAAUAAUGAUAAUGCCUACUUGGGAUAACCACCACCACCUACAGGACAUAUGAGAGUUGGGGAUGAGGGAGAGUGAACAUAAGAAGCUUAAUACAGUAUUCAGAAUUGUUUUAUAAGACUUGAAAUAUUGUCAUGUGAACAAUAGACCUUCCAUAUUUUGUUGUAAAAAUCAAGUGGUUUUUUUUGUGUUUUUGCCUGCGAAAUUGUUGCUGUUGUUGUUGUUGUUGUUGUUGUUGUUGUCAGUCUUCUCCACACCGAUGGACUACAUCUUCCUCCUUUCUCUCUGCUAUUUUUUAAUCAUUAUGGUUCUAUUUGUAAUCCUCUUUUAGCUUAAUUAUGUCAGCAGUAUAUCACUUCCCUUAUAUUUGCUCCCAAUCAUCCCUUGAUCAAAUAGGACCCAGUGUCCUUUCAAACUGCAUCAGAGAUAUAUCAGUGCAUUGUUGGAUAUGAAAAAGAGCAAGGCUUCUAGCAUAUCAGCUAGUGCACCCACCCAAAUGCAAACAUUAUGAAUGUUCUGCACCUCAAACUGAUCAAAUUUGGAGUCUGUUCUUACAGGCUCAAGGGAUGUAUUGGCAGAGCGGCAUUGGCAGAGCGGGCAUCUCUCUUCUAAAGGCCACCAAAUGUUCACCAGCAGUUUUGAAACAUCCCCUGAGAAGAAACCUUUCCAGCCUUCCACUGAGUAUAUCCCAUGCUAACAAAUAAGGGCAGGCUGCCUGCUCUUUAAGCAUCCAGAAAUUUAUAGAGGCAGGGGUGUUUGGCUUCUACUUCCUUUCAAAAGAAGUAAACAUACUCCUUUUGGAAUACUUAUAUCAUUAGAGCAUAGAAAUAAUAGAUGCCCAAAGGUGGUUUCAGAUGUAUCUGGAAACAGUGUGAGGGGUACGCAAUGCACAAUAUUACCACCUCCCUAUCUCCAUUUUAUAUUGUGUCUUUCAGAAAGUCUCCUAUCUCUUGCCAGCUCUGUACAGACAUCUACAUUUUGUCAGAUGCUGAUUUAUUUAUUUAAAGCAUGGGCAGGUAACUUACAGGCCUGAAAGUGUUGUUAGAUUGCAACUUUCAUCAUUCUUGACCAUUAGCCAGCCAGCUGAGGCUGAUGGGACUUGAGAGUCCAACCCGUUAGAAGUAUUUUUAUACCACCCCUCAGCAAAACUGACAGGAUGCAUGUAGUGGAAAUCACAGGGCACUAUUUAUUAUUUGUUUUCCAAAUCUUCUAUAGCGCUCAACAUAAGAAUAAUUAUGGUGCCAGACUGACAUCAGCUUUGGUGCCAGGCAACCCUUCCUGGAGAUGGCAUUCCAUAAGCCGAAUGCCACAACUCAGAAAGGCCCUUACUGGCCAUCACUCAUCUCGUGCUGGAUGGUGGUGGGAUCCAGAGAGGUACCUAAAAUAACAAAUGCAGUUUUGAAGCAGGAUCCUGUGUUAGAAGGUGGUCCUUCAGUUAUCCAGGUCUGAAGUCAUUUACGUAAGUACCAUCACUUUGAAUUGUGCCUGCGGGUGGACCAGGAGAUAGUGUAGCUGACACAGAAAACUCGUAAUUCCAGCAUAUGGAUGAAUUUACAGAAAGGUGGAUGAAACUCAGCAAAACAUUAUAGCCAGCAAUUAUUUAUGAUCCAUACAGGUCAUGCAGUGUACUUUUGGAAUGUCUGGUUGGGAUGCAUAUCUUGGGAUACAUAUGAGCCACCCAGAGUGGCUGGGUAAACCCAGCCAGAUGGGUGGGGUAUAAAUAAUAAAAUUAUUAUUAUUAAAAUUAUUAUGUGAACAGAAAAGCCCUGAGUGUCAAAUUAUCAUUACACAAAUUAAUGCCAAGAGGUGGGAAGGUAUCGUGAGUACCUUGUUUGAUGGCUUGUCCCCUCUGUAUGACCCUUUACAGUGGUACCUCUGUACCACUGUACAGAACACGAUCCGUUCCGGGAUGCAGUUCGUAACCUGAACUGGUCGUAAACCGAAGCACCAUUUUGCGCAUGCGCAAAGCACUAUUUCCACACUUUGCGCAUGCGCAAACCGCGCGUACCGCUUCUGCGCAUGUGACGAAAAUACUUCUGGGUUUGCGGCGUUCAUAACCCAAGUUGUUCGUAACCCGAGGUGGCCGUAACUCGAGGUACGACUGUAAUUCUUUCCCUUUUGCUUUCAGGCCUGUUGAGCAUGGUGGUCUUCCUUUAGUAUGAGCUGUAGCUAGAGCUGAGAUGAGAGUAAGUUAUUGGUAUUACAGGGUACUGAUUUCGCUGUAGCAAGGCAAAGCUGUGGCUUUUCGCCUAUGCAAUUGAAGCAUUGGAGAGCUAACGUUGUCUGGUACCUUCCCCCUCCUCCUUGGCUUUUGCACAACUCCUCCUCCACACUAGCAGAGCAAUUCAGAAUUGAAGCAGAAUGACUUACACACAGAGGUGUAGGACAUUAUUCUAUAACAGGCAUAGGCAAAACUCGGCCCUCCAGAUGUUUUGCGACUACAAAUCCCAUCUUCCCUAACAGGACCUAUGCCUGUUAUAGAAUAUUGCUACAGCACAAUCCUAUUCCUAUAGAUAUUUACUCAGAAGUGUUGAAUGGGGCUUACUCUCUAGUAAGUGUAUUUAGAAUUGCAGCCUUUGAGUGGCCAUUUACAUCAAUAGUGCAACCCCAUAUGUAGUCUUAUUUCAGAGCUAAGUCCCACUUUAUUCAAUGGUACUCUCUCUGGUCACUCUUUCCAGUAGUUCCCUAAGAAUCACUUUGCGCAAUAGGUUGAGUUCCUAGUGAUAGAUGUCAAGACAAAAGAGGAGCAUCACCAAACAUCCAGGAAUGGAUCUUUCCCCUUGUAUUUUUAUAACCGCAGGAGCUGACGGAACACUUGGACUAUUUCACCAUUUUGGGGUGAAGCUGCACCUGUUUCUGCCCAUAAUAUUUGGUCCCACAAAUAUCCCUUUUUAUUCUAAAUGCCUCACUUGUGUGCUCCACCUGUCUCUGCCUACAAGCCCUGGGCAUGUUCAUUAUAUAAUUCUAAAAGUUGUAGAAUAAUACAGUCUGUUGCAUAUGAAUGAUUAUUUGAGAUAUGAAAAGCAGGUAGAAAUUCCUCACCCCUACCCAUGUAUAAUCCCCAAAUCAUUUUCUGUGGUUGGCUAACCUUCUGUUAGCUGGCAAACAGCAAUGUGCAUAGGGCAGACUCCAUCUCCUCUUUGACUUGCAGGGUGUGAUAAGUAACAUUUCAGGCAAUGAACCAACAUAGUAAUAAACAGUAAUUGUUUAGUGCACCUUGCCUUCUAAUACAAUUUAAAUCCCUUCUAUCAAAUGCAAAUGUCUAAGUUCCCAAGCAGUGCUUUAAAUAGCAUUUUUCUGUGCUUGUUCCUUAUCUUUUUUCAUCCACAAAGUGGUGUGUUGGUGGCAUGAGAUGGCACAAUUCCACCAGCUUCAUUUUGCAUCUUAAAAAGAGCUGUCUACUCAAGUGCAGAAAAAACUGGUUCAAUGAAGAGCGAGCUGGAAUUUAGAGAAGAAAUAUUUUCUUUCCAAAAUAAAUAAGUAGUGUUGCAGCAUGCGAAAAUUCCUGCCAGGCAUGGUAUUUUCUGCAAACAAUAUAAAAAUGUAAUCAGCAUAAAGCAGCAAUUCCUUAUAUUGAAAAAGUGUUGACAAUGUGCUCCAUGAGCUCAGAAAUUGAAAGGAGUGUAAAAGGAAUCCCAAAUGCUUUGUGGAUUUAAGUAUCUUAAAAUUUCUAAACACAUGUGGUGUGCAGUGAUGAACAAGUUAGCCACUUUCGAUGCAGUUUUCAUGUAAGUGCAACAGAGAAUGGAUGGAGAGAACAAUUUACCAAAUGGAAAUAAUAGCAUUAUAGUAUGGAAUCAUAAUAUGCCUUUGAAUCACAAGAUCUUUAUCACAGAUGAACACCAAAUCACAGCAACAAAAUAAUGGUGAAAUUCUCAAUGGCUAGUUUAAGAUAUGGUGGAUGAAGUCACCCUGAGUGGUUAACUCCUUGGUCAGAAGCUUCUAGUGAUCUGCAGUUAGAUAUGCCCAAAUAUUGCAGUUUGGGAUUUCGGCCCCUACAAAAAAAUAUUUGAGGGGGCCUCCCCCCACAAAGUUUAUGGGCAUUCCCAUUCAAAUAGUGUAUAUGCACUGUGUCAUGUGAGUGAUUAUCAGGGCGGGGCUUACCUGGACCCCUGCAAUCUUUUAUUCAAGUUGACACCUCUGGUUUUAUCCAGCCAAUCCGGAUUUAGCUCAGCCCGUUUGGAAAUUGGAUUUGUAUAGGGUUCGUUUUGAAAAUAAUGUUGAGAAUGCCAUGGGGUUUCCAAAAAGGUAUGGAGAUUUGGUAUAGUCUGGAACUUCUAUAUGCCGAUCCAAGAAUCCAUGUGUGGUUGGACAGCUGCAAAUCUGUCAGAUGAAGGUGCUUCCUAUUCAUUUCAGUGGAGGACUCUGGUCCAGACACAUGGAAAUGCAAGAUGAAGUUGUAGCAGAAAGGGGGCACUGAGUUAAAUCGCAUUCCCUCAUCUGGAACAAAUUGGCUGGAUAAGUGCAAUACUGGUUUCACUAUUUACACUAUGUUACCCAUUUGGAAUAUUCCUGAUGAAUCAAGGGUUCUAGAUGCUUCAGAUCUAAUAUGGUUUUGUUUUGUUCUUUGUAUAUAGAAGUGAAUUGGGAAGGUAUGAAGUUAUGCUGCAGUGUGAGCUUUUAACCUGUAAAGUAUUCCUUCUAUUUGUUAGAACCCUGUGGAUCAAAUCUUGUGCCUUCUUACCACACAGUGAUACAGAAAUGAAUGUUUGUGAACCUUUGACAGAUUUUGUCAUAAACGUGAUUUAUCAUUGUGUUAAAAACAUGCACCUCUUUUUAAGAAGCCUAACAUCUUUUUAAAAAAAGAAAAAAAGACUUUGCUGUAGCCUUCCUGGUUUACUGGUUUUUAAUCAUGUAGCUGUCAGAAAUAAACAACCACUGUUCUUUGUGUGAUGGAGCCUAAUGUUAAAGCUGUCAGAGUCCACUGAGAGAGUGCAAGUGUAAUAUUUAUGUCUAUAGGGCCUGCCAUUCAUGCUGUUCUCAACUUUCACUGAUUUAGGGCUCAGCUGGUGUAAACUGGGUCUUGUUCCUGCACACCUGAAGUCACUGAGGGCUUUGAAAAUGACUUUUUGAUGUGCAAAAUGACACCGUAAUGACUUCCACUCAGUCGCUGUGUGUUUCUAAUUUUUCAAAGGUAUACCUGUUCCACCA